AUGGCGAACGAGGCAGAUGAAGAAAACAUUGUGAAGGUGUUUGUUUCCGGGGGAAACACGCAGGUGGUUCAUUUUAGAGAUUCAGACCAUUUGUACGCAUGUUCAAACGGAAUAGUGAAGAUAUUUGACCAAAAUCGGCCAGAUUUGGAGCCCGAGGUGAUGGAUAUUGCCGGGGGUAUGAGGAGCUUUGAAGUGGGGCCGGCGGGCCGGGCGCUUGUGGCGUCACAGAGCGGAGAGUGCAAGAUGUAUGACUUAAAAGCUCAAAAAGAGACGGCCACACUUCAACGAUCACCACUAGGAAUGACGUCGGCCGUUUUUACGCACAGCGGCACCAUGGCACUCUGCGGGGGUCUGGAGGGCAAGCUGUGGCUCGUGGAUGUGCAAGGGGAGGAGCAUCAGGUGAAAAACACGACGAGUGCUGGGGACCAGAUUUUUGGUAUUUCGUACAAUAAUGUUGGAGAUCUCGCGGCUAUUUCGCUUGCCAACGGGGAUCUCGCGGUGUACUCGUACACGGCGGUGGAGCCGCGGCUGGUGCACACGUUCAGCACGCUGCUGGUGGCGAAAAAGGCACUCGGGGGCGGGCAAAACGGCGAAAAAGCAGCCGGCGAGCUUUUUGGGGAAGGCGGCGAAGAAGACGCGUUUGACGAUGAUUUGGAGGCGGACAUCCUGCAGGCGAAGGACGGCAAGGUGCCCCAGGAGGCGGAGAUGGAGGGCCUUGCGACGGUUCGGCCGGAUUGGCACCCGGACGGCGAUUUAUUGGCGAUUCCAACACGCACCAGGGAGAUCGCUGUUUUCGACCGGGCAGACUUCUCGAGGCCGGCAUUCAAGUUCCCAGCACGAAAUGCACACCGUGGACCGGUCGUGGACGUGAGGUGGAGCCCGGACGGCAAGCUACUUGCGAGUGUGGGCCUGGAUAAGAGGUUGAAAGUGUGGAAUUUGGAGAAAAAGAGGCAGGUGAUGGCGAGAGAGCUCCCGAUGGUGCCGUCGAGCCUCACGUGGGGGCGGAGCUCUGCCGAGGUGGUUGUGGGCAUGACGUCGGGCAAUGUGGCGUGGUAUUCGGUGGGCGAUAAUGCCGGAAUGGUGCUUUCUGAGGCUGAGGAGGAGGAGGGAGAAGAUGAGUUACACGGAGAAGAAGCAGAAGGAGAAGGAGAAGGAGAAGGAGAUGAAGAAGAAGAUGAAGAAGGUGGAAAAGAUGAGGCUGCAGAGUACGGCAAGGACACCAAGAUCGCCAACUUUGUGAAAGAUACACCGCCAUACACCAAAAACACAACUAAAGAGUCUAAGAAUGCAGAGGAGGCCAGCGAGAACGAGGGAGGGCUUUUCGGGGACAGCGAGGACGAUUUCAUCGUUGAUGAUGACGGCGCCGGGUACACGGAGGGCAGGCGUGGCGUGGAAGAGGUGGGCAGCGGGAAAACGCGGCCGGCAAAGAGAAGAAAGCUGCAGGGGGAGCAUGGAGGCAGUCUGCAGGCACUGGCAGGCAUCCCCGGCCCGUAUUCGCCCGGGUGCACGCCGUGGGCCAGCGGCCGGCGGUACAUGACGAUGAACCCGGUGGGAUAUGCGUGGUCGGUGAGCCAGGACGGCUACAAUACGGUAACUGUGACUUUUUUCGACCGCAGCAUGCAGAAGGAGUACCACUUCCGGGAUUUCGACGGGCUGGACGUCGCGUCGAUGGACGCAGACGGCAUUCUGCUGGCCUCUAGCGGCGUGGGCGAGCACCAGGGAGGCCAAAAGAGGCCCCGUGGUAAAGUUGAGGCCUGCAUUUUGUACAAAAAGCACGAUCAGAGCCGGGGAUGGCGGCGGAAAGUCGGUCUCCAGCCUGGAGAGUUCAUCACAGCCGUCUCUCUGGGGCCCAGCGCGGCGUUCGUGUGCACAUCGCGGGGCUAUGUGCGGCGAUACAGCCUGUUUGGCCGGCUGGAGCGUCUGGAGAAGCUGCCACCCGUUUUGGCGUGCAUCAGCAGCUCAAAGUACCUCUUUACGGUUAUCUACAACUCGCCGUACAGCCUGGGAUUCAACCUGCAGAGCCUGGACGGCCGGUACUUGCAGAGAAACGAGAGUUUGCCGGUCUGUGGGGCCGGUCUGGCACCCCAAAUGCAUCCAAUAAGGGGUCUUUUCUUCUCUUCGGACGGCGAUCCGUGCGUCGUGGGCCAGGAUAACGUGGUCUUGGUGUUGUCGCGGUGGAGAGACCCGCUUCAGGCAUGCUGGAUGCCCAUUUUGGACGCCAAGGCCGGCUUGGCACGCAUCUCUGCAGGUUCCGGCGUCAGCGCCUGGCCCUUGGGGCUGUUUGGCGACAAAUUCUGCUUUGUUGCCAUUCGGAGCUCCCGCUACCCGACAUUUCCGUUGGCUUUACCCUCGGAAAUGCCCGUCCGGGUUCCGGUGGGUGAGGGAGAUGGUGAAGAGGAUAGUGAAAAUGAAAACAGCAAAGAUAACAGCAAAGAUAACGGCAAAAACGGCAACUCUCCUGAAGAGGAACUCAUGCGCACAAUCGUCCAGGCCGAACUUCUUAACGACGCAAUCUCAAACGACGACGUGGAGGACGAAACUGCAGAGGAGAGGCUUGCUGCACUUAGUGUUCGGUAUGAUGCCGCCUUGUUGAGGCAGGUGGGCCAGUCCUGCAACCGCGGAGACAUUCUAGAUGCAUUCUAUCUAGUCACCAAGCUCCGGGACGACCGGGCUUUGGCAGCUGCUGCAAAGAUGGCCGAGAGACUGGAGUUGGCCGGUUUGGUGGAUAAGAUAAACAGAUUAAGAGAGACGCGGAUGCAGAUAGAGGGGGAGUAG